GGGAAGACCAUUUUCCCAUCCUAUUGAAGACUUAAUGCGUUUUUCUUGGUCCUGGAGUGACAUGAUCAUCUGUGUUCAGGGACCCCAUCCUUUGCUGGCAGAGGAGAAGUUCAGGAGACAGUCGCUCAGAGGCAUUGCAGUGGAUUUGUCCGAGCAGAUCAUGCAACCUCGCUCCGUUACGGUCUUCCAGGGAGAAUCUGCUCCUGCCUUCAUGGCACCUGCUCCUGAGAAUAACCUGCCUCGGAUGCGAGAUCCUGAAGAAGACCUGCUAUGCAUUGCAAAAACCUUCUCCUAUCUGCGAGAAUCUGGCUGGUAUUGGGGGUCUAUCACAGCCAGUGAGGCCAAGCAGCAUCUUCAGAAGAUGCCUGAGGGUACCUUCCUGGUACGGGACAGUACCCACCCCAGCUACCUGUUCACACUCUCCGUCAAGACCAACCGGGGUCCCACCAAUGUGCGCAUUGAAUAUGCCGACAGCAAGUUCCGGCUCGACUCAAACUGCCUUUCCAAACCCCGCAUCCUGGCCUUCCCAGAUGUGGUCAGCCUUAUCCAGCACUAUGUCAUGUCCUGCACAGUGGAGAACAAGAAUGAGGCCCCUUACACACCGCCCUCGCCCCUGUCCUCCAUGCAAAAAGAGAUGGUGGCUGCGGCAGUGCACUUGAAGCUGAUACGGCCACUCAGCCGCAAGGAUAGUGUCCCCAGCCUACAGCACCUGUGCCGGCUACAGAUCAACAAGUCGACAGAGGAGGUGGACCAGCUGCCCCUGCCCAGGAGGAUGGGGGACUAUUUGAAGCAAUAUCCCUUCCAGCUCUGAGUUGCAGCCGACUGGCCUCAGACCAACAGACUAGAAUCUUGAUGUCUUUUUGUCUCGCUGAAGCAUGGCAUCAAGGGGGUACAGUAAAGACAUGGUCAUCAGCAGUGAUUGCAUCCACUUUUCCUCUCCCCUCCUCCAAUUCCAUGUCUACACCAGGGAGGGGCUGGUUGUACCUGUGAACUGUGGGACACAAUCUGACUUCCGAGCCGCAGAGGCUUGAAGGAAAUGCUCUUGACACGUGCACACUACUUGAAUUUUAGAGCUGCGUGACGUUAGGAGUAUUACCAGUGUUUUCAUCACUAUUUAUUUCCUUGGUAGCCUCUCUCCUGAUAUUUUAAAACACCUUUUAGUCCA